ACCAGAUUUAUAUAAACUAAGUGUUCUUCAGAAGUCUAAGGCAAAAUGUUGCACUCUGCUAUUAAUGCAUUUGUUCUUUUGUUUCUUAUAAAUAGGGUCAAUGUUUCUUUGGCUACAGAACCAGUAUGUUCAAAAUUUGCUUAUGAAGAAAAGCUUCUAGAAAAAAUGAUCAGAACAGAGAUUAAGGUUGAAGCGAUAGAAAGUAAAAUAAUGAAAACUCAAGAUUCUGUAUUGGAUACUUUAAACGAAAUAAAGAAGAAAGUUUCCGAUAUGAACGACAGAUUUGAAGACUUGAGAAAUAAUAUCACGGAAGAGAUGGUUGCAAAAACUAAGGAUAUAGAGAAGAAAGAGGAACUCUUCAAGAAUUUAUUUGAAGAACUACGAAAAAAUUUCACGAGCGACACGGAGAAUCGAAGAAACGCUAUUACUCACCGCCAAGAAUUCUUCAAGAAUUUAUUUGAUGAACUACGAACGAAUUUCACGAACGACAUGGAGAAUCAAAGAAACGCUCUUACUGACCUCAAAGAGAUGGCAAAGCCUUCCGUCGCAUUUCAUGCACACCACGUGACGGAUCUGGCCCUUGAUGUGACUGACAAGAUCAUUGUAUUUGAUACAAUCAUUACAAAUGAGGGUUCUGGAUACGACACGUCCACAGGGAUCUUCAGUGCCCCUGUCGGAGGAUUGUACCAGUUCACUGUCCAUGUUUGUUCAAGUUCUGGAAAAUAUUCUGUCGUUGGCUUGUCACUGGCAGGGAAGGUUGUUGCGGCAGCAACAAAUUACGAUCAAGCCUACAACAUCUGUAGUUCGGUAGGAGCAGUAGUUAGAGUGAAAUCAGGAGAACAGAUAUGGGUGAAAUGUACCACAGGACAUAGUUCUGCACAUAGGUUAUAUGAAGACAGAUAUAGAAUGAACACAUUUAGUGGAAUUCUGAUUAACAAAUAGAUGAAUAAACUCACAUGAUGUACUUUAUAUGUACUUUAUAUUAGCAGUAGCAGUAUUAAACACCCACAGACUUUUAUAUUGUAUGAAUAUUUGAAUUUAUUUUUGACUUAUAUUACUUUACUUACACUUUUUAUAUUCAGAAAUGACAUCCUUGACAAAGUCUCUGUAAACAACGUAACAUCUUUUUUUCUCACUAUGAAUUUAAUCUUCAUCCUGCUAAAUUUUUAAAAUGGAUUAGUCCAUCAUUAAAUUUGGGCAAUACCACUUACUAUUCAAAGGGUGUUCCCUCACAAUUUACUGACUGAAUAGCGAACAGUACAUAUCAAGAUCAGCCUGCAAGGGCGUGCAGGUUGAUUUUGGUCUGCUAUUGUCGCAAAGGCAUGACAAAAAUAGUUCUCGCUUUGGCAAAGACAUUUUAUAUAAAGAUCAUAUUUAUUCCUGUGAAAUAUAACAGCAAAACCUUUAGCUGUUGAUUGUUUAUUUUUGAAGAAUGCAUAAUAAUUCCUCCAGAACUUGCAGAAUAAAGCGGCACUAUAUCGAAUAAAACUUAUUUUCACAUCAGAAACAGUUUAGAUAUUUGUUUUUAUUUGAGAUAUUAGUUUGAGCUAAAUAUUUAGUCUCUGCACGGG